GUGGUUCCUUUCCGCAUGGCCUCGACCUUCAUGACCUCCUUCUCCCGCGGAUUCGGUGGCACCAACGUGUCAGUCGUGAGCUACGCAGCCAAGGACACCAGCCACCUUCCGGACUCUGCGGCGCCGAUGCCCCUGGCGGACGGCUUGGUCUUCUGGCCCGGGGGAGGUGGCAAAGUGGAUGGGGACUCGAUGCCCAAAGAGCAUUUCGCCAUUGCAGGUACUUUUUCCGAGUGGGAGCCACAGCCCAUGAAGAAGGAGUCGGAGGGAGUUUUCAGCUGCUCUGUCACGCUGGGCGAGAACAGGUGGGAACAGUUCCAGAUCUGGCUCGAUGGCGAUCCAUUGAG